CCCGAAAAACUUUUUAUUUGAUGUGACAAAUGCUUUUGCAUUCAUCGCUGUCAACAAACACCAACUGUCAAAUUGUGGCGGCAUUGCAUUUGUGCAUCGCCGAUGCGCAUUCAGUUAGAAUAGAGAUCAAGAGAUCGCCGAGAUGCGACGAAGUUGUGCUCCGUCGAUGAAACGGACCAGUGACUCCGGCACUGAAUUGCAUCCGGUCAAGAAAACAGCGAAUGGCGUUGAGAAGACACCUGCUGUGGGAUUCCAUCCUGAUCGAUCCACAACUACAACAGCAGGCCAUGGCAGCAACGAGAGUGCUGCUUUGAAACCGAAAAACUCAGAUGGAAGUGAAUCCAAAACCAUCUUUAACGUUGUUUGGGGUAAAAUAAGUACCCGGAAGCACAAAACAUGGGAAGGAGACGGUACGCUCGAAGUGUUCGGCAGGAGUGCCGUGCUGAAGGAUGAAGCUGGUAGGAUAAUAACGACGGCUAGCGGACUAAAGAUAGAUGAGGUGACGGAGGGAAUCCAGCUGGUUGUAGGAUCGAAGGAAGUGGAAGUUUUGGAGAAAAGAAGGGAAUCCCAAACCUCGUUGAACUGCGGCACAAGUGCAUCGACAGCUGCAGCCAGUUCAAAGCGCUGUACGUCGGUAGUGCCAACCAGAAAAAACUUUAAACCACCAGAGCAGAAAGUGCACGAUGUACAGCAAGAGCCGAAACCAUCGAAAGUGAAUGAGAUUCUACCUACGCUGGAUACUAGCUUCUCGGUUGUACCUUCCACCAGAGCUAAUACCAGCUUUAAAUCGGUCUCUUCGAUUACGGAUGAGACAACAGCGGAGCAGACGACGGUGGAACCGUUGAUCAUGAAGAAACCGUCCUUCGAACAUCAAUUCCAGCACAAUGUGGACAAUGCGCCCGUGUCGGAAGUGCACGUACCCCUAUGCCUUACCCGCCAUCUGCGGCCACACCAGCGCGAGGGUGUUGCCUUUCUCUACGAAUGUGUAACCGGAAUGAGGAUGCUCGAACCGGCUGGUUGUGGCGCAAUUUUGGCCGACGAAAUGGGUCUCGGCAAAACGCUCCAGUGUAUCGCCCUGAUGUACACGUUGCUUAAAAGUGGUCCAUACGGAAAACCGCUCGCCAAGCGCAUACUGAUCGUUACGCCGAGCAGUUUGGUUGACAACUGGGAUCGUGAGAUCACCAAAUGGCUACGAAAUGAACGUAUCUUCACCUUCAUCGUUGGACCCAACAAUAAGCUCAAGCGGUACGCGCAAUCGCCACACAUACCGCUACUGAUCAUAUCGUACGAGAUGCUGUCGAAGCAGAUCGGCGAACUGGACACGGUGCGUUUCGAUCUGAUGGUUUGUGACGAGGGCCAUCGGCUGAAGAACAGUAACGUGAAAGCAUUCGGUACGCUGAAUCGAUUAGCCUGCAAGCGGCGCGUGCUGCUAACCGGCACACCGAUACAAAACGAUCUGCAAGAGUUCUUUUCACUGAUUAACUUUGUCAAUCCCGGGAUCAUUGGAUCGUAUCAAGAUUUUAAAGCGCGCUACGAAACUCCCAUCCUUGUCUCACAACGGCCCGGCGUACUGCCCCAAUCGAUCGAGCUCGGUAUCGAACGGCUGAACGAGCUGAACGCCAUAACGGAUCGUUUCAUGCUGCGCAGAACGCAGGAAGUGAUCAAUCGAUAUCUACCGGACAAACACGAGGUAGUAGUGUUGUGUCAACCGUCCGAGCUGCAAACCAGCCUGACUCGCACAGCACUAACGUUUUACGAGAGUGAAAAAAGUUCCUCCAACGCAAUUUCCCCGCUUCAGUUGAUAACGAUUCUGAAGAAAAUCUGUAACCAUCCGUCGCUCGUGUCGGUACAGGGCAAGGGUGAUCCGGAAUCGUUGGUGCACGUCCUGUCGGACCAGUUACCUCCCUGGCAGCGGAUGGGACCAAGCGAUUCAGCAAAGCUGGCCAUUGUGGAGGCUCUACUGGAGGCAAUGUGUGCCGUGCAGGAAAAAGUUGUGAUCGUAUCGUACUACGGCAAGACGUUGGACAUGAUUGGCGGGUUGUGUGAGCAUUACAAUUAUAAAUACUGCCGCCUCGAUGGCUCCACGGCAGGUCCCGAUCGGUGCAAGAUCGUAGCGGCAUUUAACAAUUCCGCUUCCGACUGUUUCAUUUUGCUGCUCAGUGCUAAAGCCGGUGGUGCCGGGUUGAAUCUGAUCGGCGCAUCUCGGUUGGUGUUGUACGAUAACGACUGGAAUCCGGCCAACGAUCUGCAAGCCAUGUCCCGCGUUUGGCGCGACGGGCAACGCAAACCGGUGUACAUCUAUCGGUUGCUAACCGCCUACUCGAUCGAGGAGCGUAUUUUUCAACGACAAAUUUCCAAAACUUCCCUCAGCGGGUCCGUGGUGGACCAGAGACAAAAUCUAAGCAAUCUAAAGCUGUCGGAAGACGAACUGAGGGACCUGUUUUCCAUUAUUGACCCUAACACCGCAGACGAUUGUUUGACGCACAGUUUGCUCGAGUGUGCCUGUGCCGGUAUCGGUAACGCUCCAGAUAGGGAAGAAAUGUCUGGCGAUUCGUUCGAGGACUUAACCACCGAAAGCCGCUUUCAAUUAAGGCCAACCGGUGCAAAGCGCAGCAAAGUGAGUAAAAAGAAGUUUGCACUCAAGAUGCAAGAACUAAUGCGCUGGGAACAUCACCGAUCGCCCGUAUCCGAGCGUGUCCUAGAGCAGCUCGGUUUGGUCCGUUGUGCCGAUGAGAUAAUAUUCCUGUUUCGAAACAUUGUAUCGGCGACAAAGUAAAUGGCACUACAAUCGUACUCAUA